CCAGGAUCCAGGACCCAAGAUGGGGGUCCGAGGUCUGACCACUUUGUUGGAGAAUCACCAGGGGAUCUACCGGGGCGUCCAGUUCAGGGAGAGCCGGCUGGUGAUCGACGGUUCAAACCUCCUCUUCAAUCUGUACUUCAACUCCGGUCUGGACCAGAACCACGGUGGGGAGUACGCUUCAUUUGAGGUCCUGAUUAAGAAGUUCAUCAAAGCCCUCAGCGACUGCAUGAUCUCUCCGUACGUGGUUCUGGACGGAGGCUCGGACCACACCGACAAGAAGCUCCAGACGGUGAUUCUGAGAGUCGAAGAACGGAUCAAGAAUGCCCACAAAGCGGCAGAGAGCAACAGGCCGAGAGACGUCCUGCCUCAGCUGGCAAAGCUGGUGUUCAUCCAGACUCUGGACCGGCUGGAGGUCCCGCUGGCUCAGUGCUACGGAGAAGCCGACCAGGAGAUUGCCGCCCUGGCCCGGGAGUGGAGUGUCCCGGUGCUCUCCGGAGACAGCGACUUCUACAUCUUCGACCUGCCGGCGGGGCUGCUGCACUUCUCUCACUUCCAGUGGGAGAAGGUGCAGCAGAGGAGCGGCGGGCUACAACACAUCCAAUGUAAGAGCUACAACACAUCCAAUUUCUGCAUGUUCUUCAGCCUCCAGAAGCAGCUGCUGCCCGUCUUCGCCGCCUUGGCCGGAAACGACUACGUCAACCUGAGGAAGGAGUCGUCCGUCAGCUGGACUCAGUUCGCCCCGGAAAAGAGCAACAUGGAGGGGCUGCUCCGCUGGCUGAGAGGCUUCCACCGGCCUCAGGACGCCUUUGAGGCGGCGCUGGGGCUGAUGGGAGAUCUGAGCAGCACAAGAAAAGAAGAGCUGCUGAAGAACUUGUAUCUUGGGAUGGAGGAGUACCAGCUCCCCUCCUCCUCCCUGACCGAGUUCUUCAUCCACGGGAGGGCGCCUCCAUUCCCAGCAGCCGAAGAAGUAAUUCAAAUCUUAAUUUUCCUUUAUGAAGGCCAGUCCGUCGGGUAGUAAGACCUCAGCGGUCGAUCCGCUUAAUAACAGUUUAUCGUUAACCAUCACAGUGUAAUUCAACUUUUAUCCUUCAACAUUCAGUAGAACAUGUGUUUCUAGUCUCUGAUCAUGUUUCAUUGUAAACAACCAAUCAGAGGAGAGCUAGUAAUGU